AUGAACCCCUCAGCCGACGACCUAACAACAUCGCUGUCCCAGCUCAGCGCCGUCGACUUGCGCGCCGUUAUCUCCGAAGUCGCCAUAUCUAUUCCGUCGUCCACACCGCGCAGGAGAGAAUCCUUGCUGCACUACGUUACGACCCAAACUUCACCCGGUGUCCAGCACGCAUUACAGGCAGCGGCUGUCAAGCGAGCCAACGAGCAACACACAUUGAAACGACGCCGCCAAGAACAUGACGCCGAACUACGCAUCCGUGAUUCCAAGAUGUUGCGCCUCGAUCGUGAAGCCAGCGGAUACGACGCAGCCAAGUUCUUAUCACUGCCAACCCAGGAGGAGAUCAAAGCCCUCUACACCAAGUUCUAUCGUGCGACAUCCAAUGCGGCGGUCAGCAUGAUGGUGUGUGGAGCUUGCGCACGAGAAAUCGAUGUUGGCAUCACCGGCGAAGAAGAUGCAACACCUCGGCGGCUUCGGGCUGUCCCCAAUUCCCAUCGCCUUAUCCCAUCGCAGGCACACGCAGCACACGACCUCUUUGACCGAAAGCUGCUCGAUCCAGCUGGCGUAGUCGAGAUCAAUGGGGAAACCCACGUGCGCCUGUGUUCCGACUGUUCUUCCAGCCUCGCCCAGCCAGGAGACAAGCCGCCGAAGCAUUCGCUGGCUAACAACAUGUGGAUCGGCAAAACGCCCUGGCAACUCCAGGUGCUCACUUUCCCAGAACAACUCUUGGUCGCCCUCAUCUAUCCUCGUGUCUUCGUCUUCAAGCUGCAUCCGCGCAUCGGGGGCCGUGAUCCUUCCAAACUCCAACGGGGCAUGCGAGGGACUGUCAGCACGUAUGACUUGGACACAGACGGGAUCGCAUCCAUGUUAGCCGGGGACCUCAUGCCCCGCCCACCCGCUGUCCUAGCGUCGGUCCUCUCUGUCACCUACAUCGGCGUGGGAAAACUACCCAAGAACUGGCUCCGGUCAACUUUUCGUGUCCGGCGUCAGGUUGUCUACGAGGCGUUGAAUUGGCUGAAGAACAACAACCCCAAGUAUUAUGGCCACAUCAAGAUUGACGGGCACCGCAUCGCAGCUCUACCAGAGGACGAUGUCCCUUUGGAGAUCAGCACACUCGUGCGCCAAUCUGAAGACAUCACUGUCGUCGAGCGCGAGUGCGACGGAUAUGUGCGAGAACAACAUGAUGACGAACAUGCUGAUGGCCUAGACAACGCUUUCGAUCUCUCCGAUGACGAAUCAGAAACACCGCAGGACACCGUGGAUGAUGCGGAGGGUGGGCCCGAUGUUAUACCGCUUACAAUAACGGGCACAGUCGAUACGGACCUGUCCUCCAUGAGCACCAAUGAGAUGAUGCACUGGGGGCUUGCCAACCUUUGGAGGACCGGGGAGGAAGGAGGCUAUGCUGUUCGCCAUGGAUCGCAUCCCGUCAGUGACUUUGGGCGACCUCCGCAAGGCUCCACGGAGCCAGCAGACCCCGACCGGCCCAACUUCUUUGAACGCGCCUUUCCCUGCCUGUUCCCGUUUGGAGUCGGAGGCCCAGAAGCAGACCGCACGACUGAUCUAUCGUUCACUGAACAUGUCAGGUGGGCUCUGCAGUACCACGACCGUCGAUUUCGGCGGCAUGAGACAUUUCCCUUUGUUGCCUUUGGGAUCUCUCAGCGGCGGCAGGCCCUCAUGUCAGCCCGCAUCCAGAUGCGUCGCAAGGACUUUGAAAAAGAUGCCCGGAUCCUCUCCACAAUCACACAACAAGCACUCGAAAAGGCGAAAAUGGAGGAGGAUCAAAAGCAACGCAUCUCGGAUCCGGCUGUUCGUCUGCUUCGACAGCAUGUCCAUUCCGCCGUUGGCCGCGUUCAAGGUUCUAAUGAAUCACGCACCAUCCUCCGCAGCCAACUUUGGUCAACGACGCUGUACACGGGCCCUUGGAAUUUGUGGAUCACUAUAAACCCGUCCGACAUACAUGACCCAAUCGCACAAGUUUUUGCGGGAGAGCACAUCGAUCUCGACAAUUUCAUAUCAACAGCUGGCCCAGACAUCAAUCAGCGAGGCCAAAACAUUGCCGCAGAUCCAUACGCUGCCGCCAAAUUUUUCCAUUUCACCAUCCGCACAAUCCUGGAGACGUUAUUCGGCAUCAAGACGUCGGGCUUUCGCGUGCGGUCUGAGAUGGGCAUUUUCGGACAGUUAGCGGCCUAUUUUGGCAUGGUCGAAGGGCAAAACCGAGCAUCCCUCCACUUCCAUCUCAUAGCGGCUCUGCGCUUCGCACCAAAUGCGGACGAAAUCCAAGAACUCUUACAACGUGAAGAUUUCCGUGAAAAGAUCCGGGCUUACAUACGUGUGAAUAUGCGUGCGUACCUCCCGGGUUUGGAUUCGGCUGAGGGGGUCAAAGACAUCGCGGUGGAGAAAGAGAUUGCGUACAACCGGCCUCCCAACCCUGACGGCCCUGCAUAUUGGGAACGGGUGCAAGACUUUGAGCGGCGUCUGGCGAGAACAGAGCAGGUGCACACAUGCGACAUCCGGCGCUGCCUUGUGGUUACCAAGUCAGGGCGCCUGCGUUGCAAGAGGAGGGCACCAUUCCCUUGCUCCACUGAUGACUACGUUCUCCCAAAUGGAGAUUGGGGGCCCAAGCGGUUGUAUGAAUAUAUCAAUGGUUGGAACCCGGCAUUAUUGGUCAAUGUGCGCUGCAACAACGAUUCCAAGUUUCUCACACAUGGUGAUGAUACCAAGAAGAUCACCCUGUACAUCCUUGGUUACGCGACAAAACCCCAGCUUCGAAACCACAACACGUCCGCAAUUCUUGCAAAAGGCUAUGCCUAUCAUACUGCGACGGCAGCUCUUCCCGACGAACAGAUCAAAGAUCUUCGUGACAGGCAACGUCUAUUGCUCUUCCGGCUGGUACACGCGAUCAAUCGGGAACAGGAGUUGGGUGCUCCCAUGGUCAUCUCAUACCUGAUGGGAUGGGGUGACUGCUACAAGUCGCACAACUACGUCCCCAUAUAUUGGACGUCAUUUGCGGCCGCCCUGCGCAAGGCAUUUCCCAGCCUGCACCAACAUAAAGGAUUGACAGACACUUUUGCCAAGCCCACCCGAGAAUCGCAUAUCCAGUCCGCCAGUGCCCAAACAAGCGAGCGCUCCCUUGGUCGUGCCACAGAUGAGACAGAGGAAUGCGACCAGAUGAACGUAACCUUGACAAUGAACACACGCGGUUUAAUAUUUGCCAAGAACCAAGUGACAGACUACGUGCAACGUGGAGAUGAUUUGGAAUCAUAUAGUGUUCUUGAUUACUUUGUCGAAACCUAUGAGGUUGCCAUCACACAGCAGGAACGAGAAGCGCAAAUGCACUCCAACGCUAGGGCAGGAUCAGGCAGCCGAGGACGUCCCAAGAAUACACGUAUCCGCUACAGGCCGGCCCAUCCCACUCACGAACAGAAACAGCGUGUCAUGCGAGCGCCCGGCCACGAUAGUUUGCCCAACUUCAUCGGUGAAUGGUUCCCGCGCCGCAAUGAUGUCGACCAACAGGACUUCUACCAUGCGUCAAUGCUUUUACUUCUGAAGCCAUGGCGUUGUAUAACAGAAGGUCUCAAGCGGCCUGACGAGACCUGGGAAGAAGCCUUUCGGCAUUUCGCUCAGUCGGGGCCCGAACGCAACCGGGACAUCCUGGCAAACAUUCAGUUCUAUCACUCUUGUCAGUCUGCGGCGCUCGCAAGCAAAGAUGAUGAAAUUGAUGGAGACAUACUGGGAUUGGCACCUUCGAGCAUGACCGAGCCCAGUGGUGGUGACGAGGAGAUGACAGUUGAUGCAGGGAUCACAGAAGAUGACAUAUCGGCUUUGCAGGCUUGCCGAUUUUCACGGCGGGAGGCAGAUCACGGUGACACGGCCAUCGAAAUCGCACGGCUAGUCAGAUUGUUCAAUGACGAAGACGGACCUUGGGCUAUCAGAACCGCGGGUCACAGAGUGGCUCCAGCUUCUGGGGACGAUCUUAUCAACGUCAUACGAUGGAAGAAGCAGAUGGACUACUUAGCGCAGAUGCAAAACACCAUACUGGGGCCAUCGGACGAAGGCGAAGACACUGCGACAGUUGCCGUAGAAGGGUUGGACCGAACCGAAACUGUUGAAAUGAUCACAAGUGACAUGUUGCCGAAAGGAGAAACGACAAAGUCCAGCCACAUGUUUGAUGUGGACAGCUGUGAUGGAGAGACAACGGGGGAGGAAGUGAUCGUGUUGCAACCAGACCAACAAAGGGCAUACGACAUCAUCAUGUGGCAUUUGGGACGAGUGCUCGCGGGGCAUGACGUGCCGCCACUGAGGAUGUUGAUCCAUGGCGAAGGGGGUACUGGCAAGUCCAAGGUCAUCACGAAGGUGACGCGGUCAUUCCAGCAUCAUGGCGUCCAUCAGUGGCUUGUAAAGGCUGCAUACACAGGAGUCGCAGCUUCCCUCAUUGAUGGAAAGACGACACAUACUAUAGGCGCCAUGGGACUGAGGGGCGGCAAAAUCAGUGACGCGAACAAGGCCAAACUCCAAACAUUUUGGAGGGAACGCAAGUACCUCAUUAUCGAUGAAAUUUCGAUGAUUAGCAAGCAGUUUCUCGCGCAAUUGUCACGCAACAUCGGCAUGGGGAAAGCAUCUGCAACGGACAAGUCAUUUGGGGGUCUGAGCGUCAUAUUGUGCGGGGACUUCCACCAAUUUCCACCGGUCGCAACGUCUGCUUCGCAAGCGUUGUAUUAUCCCAUGGACAUCAUCAAAGACAAUGUUGACACAAAGAUCGGGCGCGCCAUCUAUGAGGAGUUCAGCACAGUGGUUCUGCUGAAGCAGCAAAUGCGAGUCACGGACCAAGUGUGGUUAGACUUCCUACGGCAUCUACGGGUUGGCAAUGUGAAAGAACAUCACAUGUCAAUGCUGCGCACCCUGUGCCUGAGCCCCGACAAUAACUUCGAAGAUGACCCAUGGCAGGAUGCCACAUUGGUGACGCCUAGACAUGGAGUGCGUGUGCCAUGGAACACGCAAGCUGUACACAAGAUGUGUCGUCAUCAAGCACGACAGUUGUACAUCUGUGCAGCAAGUGACACAUAUCGAGGAGCCCCGUUGUCGGUCGCAGACCGGUACGCGCUGGCGUUGCACCUCAGCAAGGGUCAUGCGGGCAACAACAUGGAGAAGGACUUGCCACAUUCGAUUGAACUGGCCAUUGGAAUGUCAGUUAUGGUAACAAACAACAUCGAAACCGAUCUUGAUUUGACCAACGGCGCGCGGGGGACAAUCGAGGACAUCAUCCUGGACCCCGAUGAACCACCCAUUGGCCCCGAAUCAGUGGUUCACUUGAAAAGGCUACCUGCGUACAUCCUUGUACGAUUCGAGCGCACAAGAGCAGCACAACUGUCUGGCCUGCCAUCAGGCGUUCUGCCGAUACAGCCAGCGAAAACGACGUACCUGGUAAAAUCAUGGCUGAGCGGAGGGACCAGUGUCAACAAGACUAUCACCCGACGACAAUAUCCGUUGACAGGCGCGUAUGCAUUCACGGAUUACAGGUCGCAGGGUCAAACAUUGAAGCGCGUCAUCGUGGACAUAGCAAUGCCACCUACGGGGGGGUUGAGUCUAUUCAACGUGUACGUGGCACUGUCACGCAGCUCGGGGAGAGAAACGAUCCGGCUGCUGCGAGACUUCGACAACCGAACUUUCCAACAAAGCCACGACACGAAGCUGCUUGCUGAAGACGAUAGACUCGAGGAUUUGAAUGGAGCAACGAAGAGGUGGUGGGAGACUAUGACGGUCGAAGACUGA